AAGCGUGAGAGACAUGGCGCCCGGCGGGCAAACGGGGAGCGGCAGCAGCGGGAGCUCCGAGCCGGUCUCGCCGGAGAGCCUCCGAAGCUGGGUCCGAGGCGCCUACCGCUUCGCCACGGACCGCAACGAUUUCCGAAGGAACCUCAUUGUUAAUUUGGGACUCUUUGCAGUUGGAGUCUGGGUAGCAAGAAAUUUAACAGAUAUUGACUUGAUGGCACCGCAGCCUGUUGCAUAGCAGAAGUGAUCUCUCCCUGAAGUCAGAACAGAACAUCUUGCUACAUGAAAAAAUGAGUUGCAAUUGAUAACGACAUUUUGCAUAGAUGUUAUUUUCCAAGCUGCUUCUAUUCCAAGUAUUAGAGACAUUGGCAGGUCUGCAAACUAAAUUGUGAAGUAGUAGUGACGACACUGAA